GAACGAUAAGAGAGCACGUUCUUAGUGGCAAAGGUACGCACACAUGCGUAGGGUACCGUAAAUAAUCACCACUGCGCGGUGGGACGGUGCGGUUGACAACCGGCCGACCCGGAGAUGAUGGUGGAGACAAGAGUGAUGGAGGAGGGUUCGACUCAAAACCAUCGAUUCCAGAACCUUCUAGAGUCUUCGUUGCGAGCCAUUGCCGACGACGAAGCUCACUGUCCACUGUGCUCUUAGGCUCUCGUCAGCAUCGUCAGUUAAUAAAGAAAUACUCAAUUAACGAUCAUCACCCCUUCCUGAGUCAAUAAAUAGCACAUCCGAUCCCUUCACGUCGUUUCGAUUUCCUAAUUUGACAGGUUUCAGAGUUUCAAAGAGAGAGACGAUAAUGGGGGUGGAUUACUACAACAUUUUGAAGGUGAACAGAAAUGCAACUGAUGAAGACCUGAAGAAGGCGUACAAGAGAUUGGCCAUGAAGUGGCACCCUGACAAGAACCCAGACGUCAAGAAAAGAGAAGCGGAAGCCAAGUUCAAGCAGAUCUCCGAGGCUUACGACGUCCUCAGCGACCCUCAGAAGAGGCAGAUCUACGACGCCUACGGUGAAGAAGCCCUCAAGGACAAUAUCCUUCCUCCUACUUCUGGGGGUGCUACCAACUUCCGGUUCCAUCCUCGCGAUGCCGAAGACAUCUUCGCCGAGUUCUUCGGUAGUUCCGACGGCUUUGGCGGUGGCCUUGGUCGUACAUUUGGGGAAACUUUUAAUAGGUAUUCUCGUGCGGAUUCUGCCGGUCAACCCAAUCGCAAGAUUCCACCGGUCGAAAAGAAUCUAGCUUUUAGUCUGGAGGAGCUUUACUCUGGUUCUAAACGGAAGAUGAAGAUCUCUAGGACCGUUGUUGAUGCUUACGGUAAGCCAACAACUGUGGAGGAGAUCUUGAUAAUUGAUAUUAAGCCUGGGUGGAAGAAGGGAACAAAGAUAACUUUUCCUGAGAAGGGCAACCAAGAUCCAGGCACCAUUGCAGGAGACCUCAUUUUCUUGGUUGAUGAGAAACCCCAUGCAGUUUACACAAGGGAUGGGAAUGAUCUGUUAGUCAACCAGAAGAUAUCACUCUUGGAUGCACUCGCAGGGAAGACUCUGAACCUGACAAUGCUGGAUGGGAGGCAACUUACAAUCCCAGUCACGAAUAUUGUCAAACCAGGUGAUGAGAUGGUGAUAGAAAAUGAAGGAAUGCCCAUCUCAAAAGAACCUGGGAAGAAAGGAAACCUGACAAUAAAAUUUGAUGUCAAAUUUCCAUCUAGGCUCACCACAGAACAGAAAUCAGAUCUGAGGAGGGUGUUGGGAAGGAGCUGACUCUGAAUGGAUUCAGAUCCUCUCCGGUCGUGCUAGAGGCCCCUCCCAGCCAUCAGAUCGCACCUCACACCCCACUCCCUAAUGGCCAGAGAGAUCUGGAUCCACUUGGGAGGACUUCUUUCGUGUUUUUUUCCUCGAUAAAUACCAUGAACUCAAGAGUUUGCAAGUGGCUUUUAACAUGGGCGGAUGGAAGUGCCAGUUGGUUGUAAAUAUAUUACAUUUGACAGCGAAAGGGGAAGAUGUGAAUAGUAGGAGGUAAGAGUUGUUUGGGGAAGGGGUAUUGAAACUUGGUAACAAAUUUCAUGUUAAGGCCCUCUAAGUUGGAAGGAUUGUUGAUUAUGGGCUGGAGGGAGGGGUGUUCUGAUUGCAAGACGCAAGAGAUGCGUCUGGUGGUGGUACACGUCGGUCUGCCUGGACGUGCCUUUGCAUGAACUGUGAUUUGUACACUAAAAAAUUAACUCUUGGAUUUGUUACAUACAGUUGCUAAUUAUUGCGCAACGGUGAAGGGUUCAUUGUUGUUUCAAAGUUGAAUCAAAUUCAAUGUAUUGUUUGUUUACUGAUUUAGUAAUGAGGGUUUUUUAUGGACUGUUAAA